GGGAAUCAAAGCCGGUUCUUCAAAUUAGAGUCCACCACCCUUAACAACUACACCACGCUGACUCUCUUGUACAAGGAGGAGGGCAUGAUCAUAAGACAUCUGAGAACACUUCUUCCAUCUGCAGUCAGAAAACUAAUUCGAUCAGAUAAACUCAGCAUUAGCAAUACUUCUGGAAUGUCAGAAGGGUUUAAACAGGCAAAUGUUAUAAUUCUGCACAAAUCUCUUGUGGAUGACUUUGAACAUUUUUGCCAUGCAAAUGAAGGCCCCCUUCCAUUGCUCUACAGAAGUAAACCGGGGGAAUGGAAAUGCCCUACUAUGAGCACUGAUUCUGAUAUUAGAACUGACUGUCUGCAGUACAGGAAAUAUGAGAAUGGAUUAUGUACAGGAAUUCUGACAAGUUUGAAGGAAUAUUCUGAACAGUUAAAAGACAUGGUGACUUUCUAUCUAGGAUGUAGUUUCACAUUUGAAAAGGCAGUCCAGAAGGUUGGCAUCCCUGUAAGAAAUGUUGAACAGAAAUGUAACGUGAGCAUGUACAAGACUGCUGUGCCUUGCCGUGAUUCUGAACAUUUCCAUUGUAAUCUAGUGGUAUCAAUGAGACCAAUUCCUAGUGACAAAUUGGAAAUGGUUGUGCAAACCACCAACCCAAUGAAACAAUCACAUGGAGCACCAGUUCACAUUGGUUAUCCGGGUCUAUUAGGUAUCAAAGAUCUUUCCAAGGUAGACUAUGGUGAUGAGGUACAAGCUCAUCCAGAGGAUGUUCCAGUCUUUUGGGCGUGUGGAGUAACAGGAGUGGAAGCCAUCAGUAAUUGCAAGCCUCCACUGGCUUUUACCCAUUCUCCUGGCUGCAUGUUUAUCACUGAUUUGAAGGAUGAAGAUGCUGCAGCUGAUUAUGGCAAAGAAAUCCCUGAAGUUUACUGUAUUUGUCAGAAUCCUUUGCAUUAUAGCAUCACAUCUACAACAGCCGCCCAAAAAAUUAGAAGGCUAGAAGAGAUCAUUGGAGUGGACCCAGGAGACAGAGGUGUGAAACACUUGUGCUCUCGGGAUGAACUUCUGAAGGCAUGUCUGUCCAUUUCACAUGCUCAUUCAGUGUUGAUUACCACUGGAUUUCCUACCCACUUCAAUUAUGAGCCCCCUGAAGAGAAUGAUGGGCCUCCAGGAGCCAUUGCAAUGGCAGCCAUGUUGAAAGCCUUGGGAAAACAGGUUGCUGUAGUAACUGAUCAAAGGGCUAUAGACUUGAAUGAGAAGGUUAUUAAAGAAGCUGUCAAACAAGGGAUCCUGAAGACUCCAGUUCCUGUCAUUAGCUAUCAUAGCGAAUCUGCAGGUUCAGCUAUGCAGUUUUUGUGUGAAGAUGGAAAUCCAGAAAAGCCCAAGUUUAGUCACCUGAUAGCAAUAGAACGUGCUGGGAUGGCCGCUGAUGGCAAUUAUUAUAAUGUACGGAAAAUUAAUAUUAAGCAUUUAGUCGAUCCUAUUGAUGAGCUCUUUGUAGCAGCGCGCAGUAUCCCAGGAGUUACUACAACAGGCAUUGGGGAUGGAGGGAACGAAUUAGGAAUGGGAAAAGUAAAAGAAGUUGUGAAGAAGUACAUUCAAAAUGGAGAUGUUAUUGCUUGUGAUGUGGAAGCAGAUUUUGCAGUUGCAGCAGGGGUUUCUAACUGGGGAGGCUAUGCUGUUGCUUGUGCGUUGUAUAUCCUGAAUACCUGUGAAGUACAUGAUCGCUAUUUGAGGAAAGCUAUUGGAUUCUCCAGAUUGUCUGAGAAAGUGAGCUGGGCAUCAGCACUUCCAUCUGUGGUUAAGGAAGAAAAAUUGCUGAACAUAUUACAGCAGCACAAAGUCCGUAGUGGAAAAACUGCCAGUCUGGCAAUGGAAGUGGAUGGUCUGCCAUUCUAUGACACUCAUUCACUUAUUAUUGAGAAGCUUCUGCAGGAAACUCUGAAAUAACUUUCCUCUAACAAGUGGUGAUCUGCUGGUAUGUUUUGGUUAAGUGCUGAUGACACUGCUGUAUUGGCAGCAGCUACUGUCCCUUGCUAUCUUGAGCCUAAAUGAGAUGGAAUAGACUAAAAACAAUUUAACUGUAUGGCAUCUGAAAGGUAUUUUGCUUGCAAUAGAGCCUACUGAAUCAGUGCAAUCCUACAACAUAACUUUAGAUAAAAUCCCAAAGCAGUGGUAGUAUAGCAUCUUUUAUGAGGACCAACUGAAAUGUGUCAAAGUAGCAAACAAGAUUUGAGAUCAUCAUAGUUUCAGCCUGAAUUUUAUGCAAAAUAAAUAAAUGGAUGGGGAGAUGCUGCAGAGUUGAUAAGGAAGUCCUCCCCUGUAGUGUGCAAUAACCGGAAGAUGGAUGAAAUGAGGCACUUUUAAAUACUCGUUGAGGUCUGAAAGCACAUUCUGAUAGGGAAUAGGUAUGGCUUAGCCAAUUUAUGAGCAGCACAAUUAUGGGUUUAGAAAAAAUUCCAAUAAUGAUCACAGAUAUCAAA